AUGGUUUUCAUAGAAGUUCGUGGUGAAGUAAUGCUAACUGUCGAUGAUGAAGAUCCGGAUGUCGACAUUGAACUUGACGAUGACGAUAUAACAGUUGCUCCCGAAAUGGAUGUCAUAGCAGUUACUUGUUUAGUAAUGCUGAGUGUCGAUGAUGAAGAUUGGGACUUCGACAAUGAAAUUGACGUCGAAGAAAUAUCACUUGUUUUCGAAAUUGUUGUCAUAGGGAUUACAGAUGAAGUCAUGCUGAAUGUCGAUGAUGGAGAUUGGGACGUCGAAAUUGACCUUGACGAAGAGGAUAGAUCAGUUGUUCCCGCAAUGGUUUUCAUAGAAGUUCGUGGUGAAGUAAUGCUAAGUGUCGAUGAUGAAGAUUCGGACAUCGACAUUGAACUUGACGAUGCCGAUAUAUCAGUUGCUCCCGAAAUGGAUGUCAUAGCAGGUACUGGUGAUGUAAUGCUGAGUGUCGAUGAAGAAGAUUGGGACGUCGACCAUGAACUGGACGUCGAAGAAAUAUCACUUGUUUUCGAAAUUGUUGUCAUAGAGGUUACUGGAGAAGUAAUGCUGAGUGUCGAUGAUGAAGAUUUGGACAUCGACAUUGAACUUGAAGACGAGGACGAUAGAUCAGUUGUUCGCGAAAUGGUUGUCAUAGAAGUUCGUGAUGAAGUUAUGCUUAGUGUCGAUGAUAAAGAUUGGGACGACGAUAAUGAACUUGACGACGUAGAUAUAUCAGUUGUUCCCGACAUGAUUGUCAUAGGAGUUACUGAUGAAGUUAUGAUGAAUGUUGAUGAUGAAGAUUUGGUCGUCGACAUUGAACUCAACGACGACGAUAAAUCAGUUUUUUCUGACAUGGAUGUCAGAGCCGUUACUGAUGAAGUAAUGCUGAGUGUCGAUGAUGAGGAUUGGGUCGUCGACAUUGACCUAGACGGCGACGAUUGA